GCCCAUAGCACUGACUCAGAGGAAGAUAAGGCCAUAUACACAGCCAUGGCUACCGUUCCACCUCCGGCGACGCCUUCUACGGCCAAGACGACCGCUACAUCGAGCACGGCCGCACCUCGUCUGAAACUCGUCAUCAGACGACUACCCCCAACAUUGCCCGAGGAGAUCUUUUGGAACAGCGUAACUCCGUGGUUGGGAAACGUCAAUGGAAGCGUGGAGGGGGAAAGUAAAGUCAGCUGGAAACGAUAUGUCAAAGGGAAAGCCGUUAGCGACACGAACCAGCACCGUGUCUUUUCCCGUGCAUACGUACAGAUGAAGACGACGGAAGAUCUCACCCAAUUCGCUCAAGCGUAUGAUGGACACGUCUUUCGAGGGAAAGACGGCCAAGAAUUCCAAGCCGUCGUCGAGUUCGCACCAGCCCAGAAGAUCCCUACGUUCAAAUCCAAGCCUCGUGUGGACGCUCGACAGGGGACGAUCGAUAACGAUACCGACUUUUUAUCGUUCUUGGAGAGCUUGAAAGCGCCGGUCGUCAAGCAGGAUAUCAACAACUCUGAACCUACCCCUGAACAACCCAAAUCCACUCCCCUAUUGGACCACCUUCGUGAAACCCGUCAAGCCAAGAAGACAUCCAACCAGCGAUCUUCCCCUUCCGACAACCGUACCGGUGGGAAAGAUAAAGGCAAAUCUGGGAAGGAUCGGGACAAGGACGAUCCCAAAAAGUCUUCUAAAGGCAAAGAAGCUGGUUCUUCCAAAUCAGGCGGAGGUGGUGGUGGGAGUGGAGGGAAGAAGGAAAGCUCGAAGUCGAACGGGGGAGGGAAACGAGAUCCCUCGCAGUCACAAUCACAACCACAAUCUCAGGGGCUGGCUGCGAACAGGGAUCCCGUCAAGAUCCAGGUCAACCCCGCUCGACAAUCCGGAUCAUCAUCAGCUCCCGGACCAGGACCCGGAAAAGUCCAGAUCCUACAACGUACCGUUCCUCCUGUUCCCAACCCGAAACCCGCCGGUGCACGACCCGCUACCCCGACAGCCCCUGCCGACCCGCCCAGAGGACCCAAACAGACUCAAAACGCUCGUACGAAACCCCCUCCUGCUGUCGGUCAAGGCGAAGCGAACGCAUCUUCCAACAAAGGAGGUCGGGGAAAGAACAACAAGGACCCCUCGGCGGCUCGACAACAACGGCCUGAACGGGGUGCGAAAGCCCUUCUCUCUGCUGCUCUCAACGCUAGUGCUGGUCAAGAAAAACAACAAGGUGCGGCGGGAUCGGGAAGACCUAACAACAACAAGAACGAUAACGGCCCGAAGCCGCCUUCUGGUCCUAAAGGUAAAGGAUCGGGCGAUCCGGCGGGAGCAGGGCAGGAGGGCAAGGACGGGUCUGAUGCGGGUCAGCAGAAACGGACGAGGACGAGAGGUGGACAGGGCAAAAAGAAGGGGGAAGCGGGUGCGGUUGCAGCAGCGGGGUCGGGGGUCGGUCGAGAUGGAGGUGGAGUAUCCGUUGGAACGGCUAGGAUUGACGAUUAGCCAGCCGUGCCCAGAGCAAGGGGUGUUAUGUUGUGGCCACUGUACUUCUGUACGGCAUUCGAUUCAUGUCAUCAAUCUGUGCCUUUACUUCUAGUUGGUCUUGGUUGACGCGUUCGGUAACAAAGGAGGC